UGGACAUCUGUCCAAGUAAAUAAAAGAAUUAGAUUUUCUCUUUACCGUUGGUAUAAUAAGAAAAAACAAUGCUGUAACAAACGUCUUUUAAACUAACAUUAAUUUUGUGACAACAGUUUUAUAGUGCAAAGUGUUUUAAAGCUGUUUUAAUUUGUUAUAAGUUAUGGAUCAAGAGAAACCAGGAUCCAGUGUAAAUCAUGGAAAACGAACUCGACCUUUGUUAUUGCAACCAAGUCCCAAGAUUGCGAGAAUUUCAGCCUAUGCAAGCUCAACGUCUAGUUCUGUGCUUAAAAAUUCAAAAAAAUUAGGUCCUAAUUCGCCUAGGAAGGCUAAAUUGUCUUAUAACAAGAGUGACGUACCAGCAUUAGGGACACCUGUUCCCGAUUAUCACGUUCGUAAGGCUGGUCCUUAUUUGUUGGGCCCUAAAUUAGGGCCUAGUCCUGUUAAGAGCAUAGUUCAGUGCUUAGCACGUAAAGAAAAGACUGAUGACUAUUACCAAAUAAAAAUUUUGACUCUUCGUAAUGAAGGGCAAGUAGAAACGCAAGAUGAUAGACAAGGGAAGAUGCUUUUACACACGGAGUAUUCAUUAUUAUCACUUUUAAAGGAUCAGGAUGGUGUUAUUCAUCACCAUGGGUUAUUUAAGGACCAUGCUCUAGAUGAAGUACCAAAUCCUAGUGGGCCGGGAUUUAUUUACACGGGUCGUGUUCGACAAAGACUUUUUUUAGUAUUAGACAGUGUUAAUGCACAUCAGUUUAGUGAGAAAGGCAGUGAACUUAUUAAUCUUCAACAGUAUGUUACGAAAGUGAAAAAAGUACCGGAGAAAGAAGCCAUAUUAAUAUUCUAUGAUAUUGUCAGGGUUGUAGCUAAUUUGCAUAAGAGAAACAUCGUGCACAGAGACUUAAAACUUGGCAAUAUAGUGUUGAAUCAGCGAACAGGGCGAGUUGUUAUAACAAAUUUCUGUCUCGGAACACAUUUAGGAAGUGACAGAGACCUUCUGAAAGAUCAAAGAGGUUCCCCAGCAUACAUAUCACCAGAUGUUUUGCUGUGUAAGCCGUACCUUGGUAAACCGUCUGACAUGUGGGCUCUAGGCGUGGUCCUUUACACUAUGCUAUAUGGCCAAUUUCCAUUCUGCGAUACAAGUCUGGCUCAGUUAUUUAGUCGUAUACAAGCUGCGAAUUAUAAUAUACCACCGGAUGGCAACUCUGUGCAAGUUUCUGACAACACUGUAUUUUUAAUUCAAAGGCUGCUUGUCAAAGAUCCUAAACACAGAUUAUUAGCAGAUCAGGUUCUAGACCAAUUAUCAAGUAUAAUAGCGAGCUAUGUAAUCAUACCGAAUCCACCUGAAGAUCUACAAGUUGUACCUGACAUUCCACUGGAUGAAGAGAGAGAGAAACCGACGAAUGGUGGAUCGAGUGAAAUAGAUAGAAAACCAUUCCUAACAUUACCGGAUAGUGGGGAGAGAACGCCUAAUUCCAAUGAUGAGCUUGGAGUAUUCUGCGUACCCCUACCAGACUUCUUAGCUCUUAACUUUCCAUCACCGACCAGAGUGACGCAGAGCAGUAUACUCGUCCAUCCGACGGCACCGGUCGAAUCUACCAAUCAGACCCAACGGCAAAUAACCGUGCAGAGAAUAGGUCGAGACGCAAGACCGUUACUUCCAUGCGAAAUAGCAAGAUACCAGCACAUGUUCACGCCGAAUCAACGUCCAGAAGCUUCUAGAAGAUCCGAAGUCCAGAACUUUGUCCCGGAAACGAGGAGUGAUCGUCCGGAAAGUUCUAGAUUAAGAACGUUAGCGCAGAGGAUACCUAGGUUAAACGCUGUAGCGUCAACGUCUAAUCCGGAUUUCAGAGUUAUACCCUGGUCUGAGAGAUCCAGACUACAAAUGGAUAGAUUAGACCAGGAUUAUGUUUUAAGAUUGCCAGUUCUAGAUAUUUCUAGAAUGCCCAGUAAUAGAAUUAUGAAUCCAGCUCCGAUACAUACAGUGAAUCCUGAAGCGGUUGUAAAUAAUCCGAGGCCGCCUGCGGAUAAUUCAGAACUUGAAUAUAAUUGAAAUUUUAAUAUGCGAUCACAAUAUACAUGUAAGUUUCAAAUUUAGUGUAUUCGAUGCGCUAAUUCUGCUGUAAUGGUAUAGAUUUUAUUUUAAAAUUAAAAAAAAAUAAGUAUGCCUUGGGAACAUUAUGAAAUGGUAUUAAUAUAGUAUUUUAUAAGAAAUUACAUCUGCAUAAAUAUUGUCGAACUUUUAAAAUAUUGUCGCAAUGUUCGAAUAUUAAUUUAAUAUAAUUGUCGAAGGAUACUGAAAUAAUUUUGUAAUCUAUAUUUUGUAUGAAAUACUAGUAAAACUAGGUACAUCGACUUGUCUGCGUGUAUGUUACCUGAUAAUUUUAAGUACCGUUGGCUUAUGAAAAAUUUAGUCAGAUUGUUAAUUGUUGAUGAACGGCGCAUAUUGUUCUUAUCAUAACGGGCCAAUUUGAGUUGUGUUAUAAUCACAUUAACCGAACCUCAUGUUUUCUUACUAAUAUUAUAAAUAAGAAAGUGAGUUUGUUUAUUUAAUUUAAGAACUCAACCGAUUAUGAUUAAAUUUUGCGUACACGUUAUCAGUGUUACAAUAAAGGACAUUGAGUAUGUGACACCUUGACAUGUGGGCGAGGUCUCCCCCCCCGUCUCUUGUGGGCGUGGCCCUGGACGGAAUAUAUACACAUUUCAUUAUAAAUUUAAUGUUAUGUUUAAAAUUUUACGACGAUUUAUAAUUUUUCUAAAUUGAUUAUAAACUAAUGGGUGAUAAAUUUCACGGUGACGUAUAUACCAUUUGUCAUGGCGGUCGGUUUAAACGAUAUAGAUGUUGAAAUAUUACAACGCCAUCUAGCGGCAAGUUGUAACAGAGCGACAGUAUAAAGCCUAAUAAAAAAUAUAUAAAUAAUGUAAAACUAUUAUUUACAGCAUAUGAGUAAGUUGCAAUUGUCGAUAAGAGAAAAAAAUUCCCUGCAGCUUCUUAAAGUUUUAAUAUCGGAUUAUUGUGUCAUAUAAUAAUAUUACGUAUUUUUAUUUACGAUGUACCGAAUUAUUAGUUAAGAAAAGCAGUUCAAUCUGUUAUCACUUUUUAUUGUAUCUGUAAACAAAAAAAAAUAGUUCUUUGUCCUACAAUAUUCGUGUAAACAAUAUUGUAAAAAAAUUUAGUACGUUUAAAGCCUUUUAUAGAAAAAUAUAAUUCAAACCAAAUAAAAUAAAAUUUCUGAAAAGAUAGAUUGCCACAUUAAAAUAAAAUUUUGUCUUUCCUGAGAUAAAUUAUAUCAUAACUAGCUGGUAUAUUAUCUUAAGUUAAAGGCUUGAUGUCGACCGAUAGGGGGAUUAAAUUUAGCGUUUUGAUAUUUGAUAUUGUUAACGAUUUUAUUAUCUGUGAACAUCAAUGUGGACCAAAAUAAAACCGUUUUUUUUAAUAGAUUUUAUCUUAAGAUAUAUGAUUUAUUUGGGAGUACGUAUCUUAUACGAGGUUCCUCGUGUAACCGGUUGGUUUUAUAAGUUCUCGCGUCACAUACUUGAUGUUUUUUAGAGGGACGCUUUUGAUUUUCAUAGACAAUUCUACCUUUUGUUCAUUAUUUAUUUCUUGAAUAUUGUUGUUAUUGGACGAUAAUCUUUGGUGUCAGUUUGUCCAAUCAGUGCUAUGUGUGAUGGCUAACCUACAGCCAAGAAUAAUGUUAGGCAUGGAUUUUACUUAAUAUCGGAUUAAUUCGAUUUUUUUAUUAAUAGUCAUUUGUAACUUAUAACUGAUGUAUGGUAAUCGUAUAAAGACGUGAACAUAAAGAAUGUAGUCCAAGUUAUUGCCUUUCUUGUUUUAUAUAUCGAACAAAUAUAGCCUGGAGCUUGAAACUUAUCAGUGUUACACUAUGCCUCGGACAGCACAUAAAGACAUCCUGCGUCUGCUAUCUCUGCAUUUUUAUGGGAUCGCCAAACUAUAGAACUAUGAAGAUGCACUUAUCGCAACUUUUGCGCGGGAGUCCCCGUCUAAAAUGGCCGCCGUAUUACCCGGGAAAUUAAAGGGUUGCCAAUAAUAAAAUUAAACAAACUAUAUUAAAAUAUUAUUUUAAUUUAGUGUACAUGUUUAAUAUUGAAUACAAUUUAUAUUUUUGUAAUAGUAGCUUAAUAAUACGGAUAAUUAUUUUACCUCUUAGUUAUAAAUAGUUGAAUGAGUUUUAAUGAUUUUUUACCAUUAUUGUAAAACUUGGAUGAACAAUGUUAUACAGUAAUAGUAAUAUAAAUGAGAUAAUUUGAAAAAAAAAAGUAAUAAUAUUAGUUUGUUUGCACACGUAUGUAAUAUUACAAUAUUUAAUUACAAUUUUUUUUGGACAUUAAAAUAAUUUGACGAUAUGAAAAAAAUACCUUGCAUAUUAAUUAUAUUUAAAGAAUACACUUUUAAAUAUCGUUUUAAAAAUCAGCCAUACUCAACCAGUUUUUAUAGGGCCACAAACACGUGUCAGUCAUGGUGUCGCGAGCCGCAAACAAAUAAUAUUCAGAUAAUGAUUCCUUAGGUUUCGGGAUUGUUACAAAUUGAAUCGAGCAACUAUGAAUGGAUCGCGUAUAUUUUAGCUUUUUUUUUUAAUAAUUUCCCAACGUUUCAAACACUUUGCAGUAUCCGUUGUCAAAAGCAGUUGUUUAAUUCAAAUUAUAUACGUGUUCAUAAAAAAUAUUUGAAAUUUAAGAUAGUUGAAAAUAAAGUACCAGGUGGGCCAACCACAAAAGACCGCAGGUUGAGUAAAGUUGGUUUAGAUUUAUAUUGUUCAACCUCCAUGGUUCUUUUUAUUACGGAAUACAAAAAAAAAAAAAAAUGAUUAGUCUAAACUUAUACAGUGCGAGAAAUACAUAGUAGCAAACGACUCGCUCGAAUCGAUCACAAGUAACGCAAUCCUUCAAAUAAAAUCAUUUUUUUUUCUCAAAAUCAAUUCUUCAACUAAUUAAUGAUAAACUUAUUAUGUAAUUUGAGCGUGAUAAUUGGUUAACACAUCUGAAUUUCUAUUGACCCUAAAUUAUUUUAAAAAGUGAAUAUUAUUAUUAUUAUCAAAUAAACAAAAGCCAUUUUCUGUAUCUAU